AUGUACGCCCAGCCCGACGCCGGCGGCCUGUCGAAAGACGACAUCCGCCAAGCGUUCCGCGAGUUCGAUCUCGACCGCAACGGCUACGUCGGCGCCGCGGAGAUCGCGCACGUCCUCGCAUCCAUGGGCGAGAAGGUGACGGAUGACGAGAUAGAUGAGAUGAUUUUAAUGGCUGACACCGACGGCGAUGGGCAGAUAUCGUUCGAGGAAUUUCACCGGUUGAUG